CUCGUACAGCAGACGCUGAGACCCUCCCAGAUAUGAGGAUAGAGGGGCGGACUGUCUGAGAGUCUGAGCAGCACACAGACCUUCUCCUCCUCCGUCCUCACUCCCGGUGCCAGGGAUGCCAACCAGCCGCUGCCAGCUCCUGCCCAGGGCCAGCCGGGGGACCGAGCGGGACCUCUGAGAGCCCCGGCGGUGUGGAGGCUGCAGAGACCCCCAGUUCCGUGACGAGGAGAAUGCUGAGACCACCAGUUGUGGGGAGGCUGCUGAGACCGCUAUUCCUCUGGAGGCUGGGCUGCUUAGACCCCCAGAUCUAUGGAGGCUGCUGAGACCACAGUUUAGCGGAGGUUGGCCUGUCCCCCUGGUGUUUGGAGGCUGCUGGAACCACUAGUUGAGUGGAAGCUACUGAGACCCUGUGAGUGGAAGCUGGUGAGACUCUCAGAGUGGAGGCUGCUAAGAUCCGCAGUUGAGUGGAGGCUGCUGAGACCCCCAGCUGAAUGGAGGCUGGUGAGACCCUCAGAAUGGAGGCUGCUGAGACCCUCAGCUGAGUGGAGGCUGCUGAGACCCCUCUGUACACCAUGGUGGGCUGUGGAUGGCUGGGGGGAGAAGUGUCCAGUUGGAGCUGAGUCUGGGAUUUCCCUGCUGGUCACUAUGGGAUCCUGUAUCUCUAAAGCCUAUUUACUGUGAAUAGAGAAAAGCAGUACCUCAGCUGUUUGGUAUCAUCGUGUGCACCUAACUGAGCAUGGAUCAGAGAAAUGAAAGGAGAGAGUUGUCCGAGGAGCUCAAAAAGAAAAUUAUAGACAAGCAUGUUAAAGAGUUAUUCUUCAGCGGCCACAAAGACUUUCACUUGUCCAACAAUAACAUGAAACCAGCUGGCCCACCAGCAGCUGCGGACUUGCCACCACUACCAGAGGGCACUGCCCCCACCGAGAGCCCAGAGGAAGACGAGGACGACGAUGAAGAGGGGAUGUUGGGCAAGAAGACGCCCAAUGGCUUCAUGUGUGACUCAAAGGAUAAUUCUGGUGACUAUGACAUCACGGAGCUGGCUACGUCAUCACUCAUAGGUCUGGUGCAGACCAUUAAGGACCAUAUCACCAAGCCCACAGCCAUGGCGCGGGGGCGUGUAGCCCAUCUUAUUGAGUGGAAGGGUUGGAGCGCCCCCCAGUCCGGCUGGGACCCCUCGCUGACAGAUGAAGAGCAUUACUCAGACCUGACUGACGAGCUGAAGGAAGCGCGUUUUGCCGCAGGGGUUGCAGAGCAAUUCGCCAUCACCGAAGCUACACUGAGCGCUUGGUCCUCCCUGGACGAUGAAGAAAUGCGCUAUGAGCUGGGGUCUCAGGAUGUCCGACAGCUACAAGACCUGGAGAGCCUCUACCUACAGAGCCGACUGCUGAGCUAUGCUCAAGGGGCCUGCGGCUCAGACCUGGGUGGAAGCCUUCCAGGCCUCUCCUAUUCCUCCGCUGUGUCCUUAGCCGCUACGUCCCACCAGCUACUGCCCAUGGAGAGAUGGGACAUGACGGAGCCUCCUUCUAACCAAUCUGUGUUCGGGGCCCCCUUACUGAAUGGCGUGAGAAGCAGCAGCCUGGAGAACACCAAGGCCCCGGUACUGGGGGACGGAGAGACUGCUCCUGAAGCCUGCAAACCCCGACUCAACAGCUGGCUUCAUUACGUGGACAGCAGCUCUCUGUCCGAGGACGAGGUCUUCUACAACUAAGUGUACAGCAGACAGAUGGGAGGUUCCGUACUCGUAGAAACCGAUUCUCCGACUGGCAUUUUGUGACCAUCGUUAGCGACUGGUGAUUGUCAGCUUCUCUGUAUUCCAGCACCUCCUCGUGACUUGUCUCUGAGGAGACCAUCAGUGACCGAGGCCACCAACGAGACUUAUCGCUAUGAUCUGUAUCCAUUAUCUGACCCUUCAUCUUGGAAUGGUCAGAACCUGUGGCCUCCAGAACGGAGGGGACGGUGGAUAAUGCAGGGAUGACAGUGGGAACAGAGGGUGACCAGCUGGCCAGAUUGUGGAGGUCCUCACAGAAAGUGGACAUGGACUGCUAUAGCAGGUGGACCCACCAGCUGGUUAGGAAUACAAUGUGGACAAUGCAGCAUAGAAACACGUGGCCUCACGUUGAUUGGAACAUGGACACAUCCUCUGGUCAGAACGUGGACUCUCACACAUCAGCAAUAUAUUUGUUACUGUAGAGCGCUCAGCCUUUUCUUCUGAAUAAGGUUUUGCCCCUAAGCCUUACUCCACUCAGACCUGUCCUGUAAUGCGCGUUCCGUGUGCCGUGUCUGAGCACACGGCUGUUCCUGGGUGAUGUUGUAGUGUUGGCAUUUCUCUGUUAUAUAUAACAUACUAAUAUACAUGCUGAUC